CAUAAAUUCUGUCAGACCUCCCAAAACUGCCCUUUUUGAUCAGCGCAUCAGCUCUGCUGCCUCGAAGGUUGAAGUCAUCACAUCUUAUCAGCGUCCACUGUCUAUACCAUCUAUACCAACACCAAGUUAAUGAAACUGGUGUUGCCUGACCUCAAAGUCAAUUCAGCAUGUACCCUUGGGAUCCACAAAAGGCCGGAAAGGCAAAUGAGAAAGAUGAGAAAGCUGGCACGUUGCAGCUGCGAGGCUAUUCGCACCAAAGUGAAGAGAUCUGCACCCUGGCACCAGAAAAUAGAAGAUAAGUUCAAAUUCCCUUUCAAAUACAAGUUAUAUAAAUUAAAAAAAUCAAUCCAGAUCAGCACCUUUACUAGCAAAAAAGCACAACAAUUAUAUUUUGGAAAUUUUUUACAAAAAUCAUUUGCAAAUGGCAAAAAGUUUGAAUUCAAAAUUAAAGAAGCUGAAAACUCUACCCAUAAAAACGCUCAUAAUAAUCUUCUUGUAUCCAAAAUCAAAAACAGUCACUUCCUCAAAAGAAAGUGGUCGUUUCCAGAUGAUCUUGCUGUUAUUAAGAAACCAAAAAGAAAUCCUGCCUAUCCAAACUCUAUCAUUCCUUUCCAUUCAAAGAUUCUCCACAUAUCCGGUAAUCAAAUUAUUUUUGUUCAAACUUUCCACACACACACUUUUCCCGAGACGUUGACAGCAGCCGAAGCAAAACAUCGAAAUAAAACUUUACCAAAUUUACACCACAACAAACGUAAUACUUGUAGUACGGAAGAGCAGCAGAAAAUGAAGCUGUUUAAGGAUGAGAGUGAAUCGAUUCGUCGACAGAAUAAAAAUGAAGAGAAAUUUUAUCAUUCAAUCAAAGAAAUGCAGAAAACAAUUCCAGAAAAAAUUCCAAGUGUUGAUGCAAACAGAUGUUUUCCAUUCCUCAAAGAGUACCUUCAGAUUCAUGGACAUAAGCAGUAUGCAUUUGUUAUUGUUGCCAUGAAACAUAGUAAAAAUAUCAUUGUUUCUCCGGCAUUUCAGCCAGAUUAUGAAAAAAAGGGAAAUCCUGGAAAAACAAAGCACAGCGAGCCUCGUUUAUGUGAAGCUUUUGAACCUUUUAUGCAACAGAAUGGAAAUUUAGUGGAGACUAUUCUGAUUUAUACAUUCAAUAGUCCAUGUUUAGGUUGUAUGUCUCUACUUCUCGAAAAAGCUUAUCUCUGGCGCUGUAAAUAUGGAUUUUCCACAACUGUAGCAUUCACACAAUUUUACGGAUUAAGUGGACAAAAUUGUUUCCAAACUCUCACCUACUCAUCUACCAACAUGUUAGGUCCAUGCGGUGUGUUUUAUGAAGACAGUCAAAGAUGGAAGCGUGAUCACUUCAAACUGAAGUCUUUCACAGUCAACAGUAACAUCUUCCAAAAUAUCAGGAAACUUAGUGAAAAAGGAGAAAAAGAGAGCUGCCGUAAGAAAAUUGAAUCUUAUGUCUCUGAGCUGCAAACACUGGCAAAAAAUUCCUUUUGUUCACGUGAAACACAUUUACAACGUGGUAAAAACACAAUUUAUUCUUUCGUAUUUCCCCCAAUGAUCCAAGAUGCAUGUAGAGACAGUCUUUUAAGGGACUGGUCAGCACUGGUGAACGACUGUGCCAUGUCAAACAUGAGACAAAAAAUAACCCUGAAUUUUAAUGUUGCGAUAGUUGAAGUUAUUAACCAAAAUCUUAAGUCCUCUUGUGGGAACAACAGCCCUCUAAAGCUUUGCCACAUCCCUCUGAAUCUGCAAUGAUUGAGACGACUCUAAAUAAAUUAUAAUUAAAAGAAUUUUAUGUGUCUGUGCUGAAAAAUUGAAUUGGAUGUAUAAUAAAUAAUGUAUAUUCAUUUAUUCUGAAUAAAUGAAAAAAAUUAAAAACAUUUUUUUUUUAAAAAAAUAUUAAAUUAUAUAUCAUAAGAUAUAUAAUUUAAGACAUAUUUAUAUACGUCCAGAGUAACAGCCGUAGACUGCAGUUUGCCGCCUGUCAGGUAGUCAGUAAUCCAGGGGAGCUGAACUCCCUGGUGACUGUAGCCUGGUGACUGUAGCCUGGUGACUGUA